UCUCUCACACGACAAUAAACCUAGCGAGCGGGAAGUCUACCAAGGACAGGAAAUCGGAGAAUCAAACUCCAUGGGAGCGGGAAUGAAGCGUGCGAGCGACGAUGAGGUAUUGUCGAUGGCGCUGGCACUGACCACCGACUCAUCAACGUCGUCGGACUCAGCCGGUGCCCUGGCCAAGAAGGCACGGCGCCGUACGAGGGGCGCCGUGGCGGCGACGUCGGGGGAGGGGGAGUUUGUGUGCAAGACGUGUGGUCGCGCAUUCGCGUCGUUCCAGGCGCUCGGCGGGCACCGGACCAGCCACCUCAGGGGCCGCCACGAGCUGGAGCUCGGCGGCGGCGUCGCCAGGGCCAUCAGGGAGCGGAGGAGGCGGGAGAACAAGCAGCACGAGUGCAGCAUCUGCGGCAUGGGGUUCGAGAUGGGCCAGGCGCUCGGGGGACACAUGAGGCGUCACCGCGAGGAGAUUGCGCUGCGCGGCAACGACGACGACCAUCAGUGGGUGUGGCGCGGCGUGUCGCUACUGCCGGAUCAAGAGGUGGCUAGGCACCGGGACGCCGACGACCAGCCGCCCAUCUUGCUCGAGCUGUUCUUCUAGCUAGUCAGAGUCAGCCAGGUAGCUGUAAAGAAGAAAAGAAGGAGAUACACUUCGUUUCUUGACGCAUACG